AAUACUUCUAAAAUCCUUCAUUCUUUAGCAAACACCACACCACAUCUCUCUCUCUCUCUCUCUCUCUCUCUCUCUCUCUCUCUGUGUAACAUCAUCGUACGCAAAACCCAGAAAAUGAAGCAAAAGGUGGUCAUUAAGCUUUCUAUGAGCAAUCAUAAGUCUCGUGCCAAAGCCUUGAAGAUCGCCGUCGGUCAGCAAGGAGUGGAGUCUGUAGCGAUAAAGGGGCAGGAAAAUAACCAGUUAGAGGUGGUGGGACAGGUGGACGCGGUGGUGCUGGCCACUCUGCUAAGGAAGUGCUUGGGCAAGGCGGAGCUGGUGAGCGUUGGGGCCGCCGGCGCCGGCGACAAAAAUGCAAACAAGGCCGAGACUCCGGCGGCCCAAGUGCAACAUGGGUAUAUCUACCCUUCUUAUUCCCAGUACGCGGUGGCGUAUGACCCCUCGGCGUACCACUACAUGUAUUAAUAAACCAUUAGCUAUUAGGACUUAGGAGUUAGGAGUAUUACCCCUACUAUUAGAUGUAGAUUUGUUCUGUAAUGCAACGCAGUAAUAAAUGGAAUAAUGGAGAUUAUAUACAAUUAAAGAAGAAAAGAUGAUUAGGUAAGGCUUUGAUUGCAUACUA